AUGGGGUUAUCCCAGUGCUUAUUUGAUAUGUCCAGUUACAUGCUUUACAAACUAUUUCUCUUGUCUAAUCUUGUGGUUAUUGCAAACUCUUUGUACUCUUUACAGCAGCCAUCAUGCCAUGAUGAGGAGAGCUCUGCCUUGCUGGAGUUCAAGCAAAGCUUUAUUGUUAACUUAUCUGCUUCCGUUUAUGAGGGUGCCUAUACGAAAGUUUCAUCAUGGAAACUAGCUGAUGGAGAAACUAGCAACUGCUGCUCGUGGGACGGCGUGGAUUGUGAUGUGCAGACGGGUCACGUGAUUGGCCUUGAUCUUAGUAGCAGUUGUCUCUAUGGAUCUAUCCACUCCAACAGCAGCCUCUUCCGCCUUGUCCAUCUUCAGAGACUGAACCUUGCUGAUAAUCACUUCAAUUACUCUCAAAUUCCUACCAACAUUAGGAAUUUUCCGAGGCUCACUUAUCUCAACUUCUCUGCCUCUGCAUUUUCUGGUCAAGUUCCAUCGGAAGUUUCACAGUUGUCCAAGUUGUCAUCCCUUGAUCUAUCUUUCAAUCUUGAUAUAGUUUCCGGUAAUGGAUUGUUGCUUAACGCAUCCAAUUUUGGAAGUCUAGUUCAAAACUUAACCAGUCUAGAAAAGCUUGAUCUCAGUUACAUUAGUAUAUCUUCGACAGUGCCCAAUUCCAUGGCAAAUUUAUCAUUUUUGACAUCCCUGGCCCUCUUGGACUGUGAGCUGUUUGGUGAAUUCCCAGUAAGAAUUUUCAAAUUACCAAACUUACAACGUCUGAAUGUGGGAUACAACCUGGAUCUUACUGGUUUUAUGCCUGAAUUUAAUCGAAGUAGUCUUCUCAUGUCACUGAAACUUGGGUACACUAGGAUUUUCGGAAACUUGCGUUCAAUCGCAAAGCUUGAUUUGUUGCAAGAGUUGGAUGCGCCUGCAUGUAAUUUUUCCGAAGGGUUGGUUCCAGCUUCACUUGGUAAUCUUAGGCAGCUCACUUAUCUAGACAUUUCUGAAAACAAAUUUGGAGGUCCCAUUCCUGAUUCUUUGGCAAACCUUACCCAGCUCACUUGGCUUUCGCUUCAUCAGAAUCAAUUCACUGGUCCAAUCCCACCUUGGCUAGGUAACCUUACUACACUAACUCAUCUAGAUCUUGGUAGAAAUCAAUUAAAUAGUUCCAUUCCCAAGUCAUUAUCAAAUCAAAGUAAUCUCCAGGACCUUUUUCUAGAUCACAAUAGACUCAGCGGUCCGGUUGAGUUUCACAUGUUUCUUAAGCUACAAAAUCUCACGGCACUCCGUCUAGGUGAUAACAAUUUAGACUUGCUCAUUGAAUCCGGAACUGUGAAUGCACCUAUUCAACAGUUCAGGAUUCUAGGAUUGGGUUCAUGCAACAUAAGAGAGUUCCCAGAUUUCCUGAGAUAUCAAGUAAACUUGCAGUGGUUGAGACUUGCUGAAAACAAAAUGCAUGGCCAAGUACCGCAAUGGAUGUGGAACACAAGCACAGAAACUUUGAAGUACAUCGACAUGUCAUCCAACAUGCUACUCGGACAACUACCUAUACCUCCGCCAAACCUCCUAUACUAUCAAAUGUCAAACAACAAUUUAACUGGACAAGUUUCACCAUUGAUUUGCAGUUUGAGUCAACUUCGGUUUCUUGAUUUGUCGAAUAACAGAUUGAGUGGCAUGCUUCCGCAGUGUCUUGGAAACUUUAGUGAUGGUCUGCAAGUUUUAAAUCUCAGAAACAACUCUUUUCAUGGCUUUCUUCCUCAAACAUACACAACGGCUAACAGAAGCAUUCUGAAAAUGAUUGAUGUUAGUCAUAACCAAUUGCAAGGGCACCUACCGAGGUCAUUGGCGAAUUGUGUGAUGCUUGAGUUUAUGGUUCUGUCAAGCAAUAAAUUCAAUGAUGUUUUCCCGUUGUGGUUUGGGACUCUCCCAAAGUUAAAACUUGUGGCGAUGGACCAUAAUGAGUUGUAUGAUGUGAUAGGGAAGCCUGAAAAGAAUCUUAGUUUCCCUGAGUUGCGCUUUCUUGAUCUGUCUUACAAUAAUUUCACAGGUGAGUUUCCACUUGAAUACAUUUUCUCUGGGAAUGCCAUGAGAGGCAUCACUCUGAACCAGUCCACAUAUUUGAAGGCAGAGAUAACUAUUGACAUUUCUUUCGCCACUCGUAUGGACUUCGCAACUCGUAUCGAUUUCACAACUCGUAUUGAUGUCGAGUACUCAAUAACAGCAACAAUUAAAGGUGUGGAGAGAUACUUUGCAAAAAUUCAAGAAGACUUUACGGCCAUUGAUCUCUCCAGCAACAAAUUUGAGGGAAGGAUUCCUGAAUUUAUUGGAGAACUAAAGGGCCUUCGCUCACUCAAUAUGUCCAACAACAUUCUCACUGGUUCCAUCCCAUCAUCAUUAGGGAACUUAACACAGCUUGAAUCAUUGGACCUCUCACACAACAACUUCUCAGGAGAGAUCCCUCCACAACUGGCGCAGCUUACCUUCCUUGGAGAAUUUGAUGUCUCUCACAACAACCUUACAGGUCCAAUACCACAAGGAAGGCAACUUACUACAUUCAAUAGCACUUCAUAUGAGGGAAACCCUGGAUUGUGUGGAGAUAUAUUGCCAAACAAAUGCGGAGUUGCUAAGGCCCCUCAACUGCCACCUUCAAGCGUGGAAGAAAAUGAUUCAGGCUCAGCUGGAGCAUUUGAAUUUGAUUGGAAAUUUAUUUUGGCGGGAUUGGGAAGCGGGUUGGUCGUGGGAGUGGUUAUUGCGGACGUUGCAAUCACAAGGAGGCAGGAGAUGUUUCUGAAGAGUGUUGGAAUGAUCAGAUUAAUGAUAACCAAAAGGGAGAGUUGCGGAGGCAUAAAUUGAGUUUACUAAUUAGGCUUUGCAUCUUCUGUUUUUCUCUGUGUUGUGUGGUUCUUUCCUUCUCCUUCUAUCCUUUGUUGAGUCUGUAGUGUAGUGUGUGCUGGAUUGAUGGAUGCAUGACAGCGGUUAUGUUAGUUUGCAUUUAUGUUGAUGUUG